CAUGGAAGAGUUUCUGCGCGCUUUUCAUUCCUCUUGAGACUUUACGCUUACCAAUAGAGCAUAGCAAUUGGGUUGCGACUUGCGAGUCUACACUCCCAAAACGCAGCGUUCUGAUCAUCUCUCUCCUUAAUCCUCACACUGGAUGACUGCAAAGGUUGGUGCUGCGUCGCAUUGCUGAGAUGUCUGGUACAACGAUGACACCUGCAUCAUCAGCUGGUACACAAAAGGUCUCCAUGUUUGCUGCCAAGGCUGGGUUUGUUAUACCGAAAAACAAGCUGUCGGGUUCACUUGUGCCUGUCUUUCGCGGAAGUAAAAACCUAGGAGCCGGUGAUGCAGGUAGUGGAGAAAGUAAGAAACAGAUUCAGAGGAAAACAAAAUGGGGUCCUGAUCUCACCCAAGAUGCUUCUGUCAAAAAGGGAAGAUCUUUAGCUUAUCAGGUGCCACUAAGUGAUAUUACUGCCUGAUUGGUGGUACAAAUUUUGAGCAGACUCGGGUGGAUCAAAUUACACAACAGCUGAAAUCUGGAAUGUUAGAGGAUGAGAAUGAUGAGAUUGAGGACUUACUAUCAGCACCUCAAGAUCUGCACCACAAAUCCUCUAAGCAUCAAAUUGAUACAAAGGAUGUCGACCAGUUGGAACUUGAAAAGCGGGAAGCCAUAGGUGAGAUAUUAAAGUUAAAUCCAAGCUACAAGGCCCCACCUGAUUAUAUACCUUUGUUGAAAGAGGCUACAGUCCCUAUUCCUGUGAAAGAAUAUCCUAAAUACAAUUUUGUUGGCCUGAUAUAUGGUCCUGGAAGUGAUAACCAGAAACAAUUAGAAAAGGAAACCGGAGCCAAGAUUCAAGUCUAUGGUACCAAAGCAGGGACAGGACAGAAGGCUGAAAUAAAACCAUCUGAUGGGAGUGAAAUCCAUGGUGAAUAUGAAAACUUAUAUGUUCAUAUAUCAGCUGACACAUUUGAGAAAGUAGAUGCAGCGGUUGCUGUGAUUGAGCUCUUAGUCACCUCUGUAUCAGGCAAUCUGGCAGCGGUUAGCAGUACAGGUGCUUCAGUUUCUGCUGAUAAUGCUCAUGUUCCUAAUCAAGUCCAGGACACUACCACCUCUAAUAUGGUUCCAACUACUGUGGUAAAUCAGGGAAUGGUACAACCACUGCCAGGACUGGCACAAACUCCACUGGAUGGGCAGUUUCAGUACCGUGGUCCAUUUCUCUCGAGGGGCCCAUCUUCCACUCCCAUGUAUAUGCCUGGCUUCACUCCUCUGAAUUCUUCGAGACCAAACCUCAACAAUCCUUCCCAUCUUUCAACAUCACCUUUCAACCCUGCGUACCUGCCUUCAUCAUUUGGGCUUCCGCCAUCUCUUGUUUCCCCUAGACAAAAUCCACCAACAACACAAUUUUUGCCGCAUACAUAUAUGGCUCCCCAGCCUGCAUCAGUGCAAACUAAUGUUUCAGCUCCUCUCACAUUCAUGGGAAACCGACCACUGCCUGCUGGGAGCUCUACUGGAUGGUCAAGCGGUCCACCAGCUCCACAACCAGGUGUUGCGUCCAUGCCACCACCUUCAAAUAUACCAACGGGGAAUAUGGUAUCUUCUGUAAACCAUCCUAUUGCAGCACCAAGUUCUAUUUUUAUUCCACUGCCUCAAGCAGGACUUCCUUCUACAUCUCUGCAAGCAAGAGUUCCAAGUUCUGUUUCUGGAAGUGUUCCAAAUAUUGCUCCCCUAAAACCACCAAUGAUGACGGCUCAAAGCCCUGGCGAUUUCACUUUUCAGCCGCAUCGACCACAGAAUCCAUCCUUCCAAACAGUUCCCCAACCAAGCAGUCACUUUUCAGCCCAUAACGCUUCUCUUGCCAGACCAAUGUUGCCGUCUCCAGCACCUCAAGCACCGUCUUUCCAGUUUCCUCAGCCAGGCAGUCAGGUGUUAUCGAGACCACAACUCGGUGACCACAUGGGUCAGCAUCCAUCAGCUCAUAUGUCUGCUGCUCCCUAUGCCAGAAAUUCAACUGCCAUCUCAGUUCCUCCCAGACUCGCAACAUUUCUAGAAUCCAGUACCGUUCUACCUCAGACGCCAUACCCACCAAUGAGACGGAGUAACUUCAAUCCACCUCACCAGAUGCCCAAUUUGCCAGGUCCUCUGCCUCCAAGGCCAGGAAAUUAUAUUCAAAUUCAGCAAAACUAUCCUGCUCACGCAACUCGACCUGAGAUCCCACGUGCUCCAAAUCAACAGUUCAGCAACCACCUUGCAUUUUCCUCUGGCAAGUCGGCGUCUGGUCCUGGAGGAGGACAGCAACUUUAUGAUCCAUUCUCACCCACUUCCGCGAAUCAACAGCAAGGAGGUAAUCCAGGAAAGAUGUGAAAGCAAGGGAUUGAUGUACACUAAUGCGAUUUGAUUGCCUUGGUUGGAGUUACAAUUUCGGAUUUAGUGAAGCAGCUAACAAAACAAGAAUUUGGAGUUGUUGUAGUCUAUAGCUCAUAUUAACAUGUUGCUGUUGUCUGAUUUCUGACGGGACAAAACUUCUUCAUAGAAACACAUUUCGUUACCUUUUUAUCAAUCAAUUUGUUUCCCUUUCGUUAAAA